UCUCGCUUGUUCUUCUCUGCUCUCUGUUAUUUCCAGUUCAGAUUCUGACAUCAUGAAGACUCUUUUCACACUGUUUGUUUUCUUAAGUUUCAACAAAGGAUUCUGCACUGAAACACAUGACCAGGUUCUGUCCAUCACCCCGACGACACAGGACCAGGUGGACGUCGUGAAGAAUGUGUCCACUCAACAUGAGAUGGCUUUAUGGCAGCCGGCUUCACCUGAGUUCAUCAGAGCAGAGACAGACGUCCAUCUGUUUGUCCCCGCCACAAGUUCACAGGUCGUCAGUGAGCUGCUGCUGAGACACAACGUAACUCACGAAGUUUUACUGGACAACGCAAACGAGUUGAUUGAAAUGCAGACGAAAAACGACUCCACGGAUCCUCGAAGCGGCUCCACCUUCUACGAGAGAUAUCACAGCCUGGAGGACAUCUAUUACUGGAUCAACAGGACCACACAGGACAACCCCAGCAGAGUCAAAGCCGUUCUCAUCGGCUCCUCAUUUGAAAAAAGACCACUCUACGUUUUAAAGUUAUCUGUAAACACCAGAUCAAACAAGAAAGCCAUGUGGAUCGACUGUGGGAUCCAUGCCAGAGAGUGGAUCUCUCCCGCUUUCUGUUUGUGGUUCGUACAGAACUUUUUGUCGUUUUACGGACGAAACCAGGACGUCACCAACAUCCUGGACAACAUGGACGUCUACGUCCUGCCCGUCCUGAACCCUGAUGGAUAUCACUUCACAUGGACAACGAACAGGAUGUGGAGGAAGAACCGCUCGUUCAGCAGGAGCAGCUCGUGCGUCGGAGUUGACCUCAACAGGAACUUUGAUGCCAACUGGUGCACCGAGGGAGCAUCCCAUAAUCCCUGCAGUGAAAUCUACUGCGGUGCUUUCCCUGAGUCAGAGCCGGAGACCGAGGCCGUGGCCAACUUCCUCCGCAGUCACAAAAAUUCCAUUCAGCUCUACCUCAGCAUCCACUCUUACUCUCAGAUGCUGCUCUUCCCGUUCUCGUGCACCACGGAGCAGGCGGAGAACCAUGACGACCUGCUGGAAAUCGCCAAAGAAGCUGCACAAAAAAUCCAGAGACAUUACAGGAAUCACUACAAAUAUGGAGCUGGAGCAAAGACCAUAUACCUGGCUCCGGGAGGUUCUGAUGACUGGGCCUACAACCUGGGCAUCAAAUACUCCUUCACCUUUGAACUCCAGGACCGUGGCCGUUACGGCUUCCUCCUGCCGCCGUCACACAUUUCCAAAGCGUGCAACGAGGCUCUGAUCGCGGUGAAGACCAUCGCCAUGAAGGUCAUCGAGAAGACCCCAGCUUCUUCUGCAGCCUGAGGAUCAGUUCAGUUCAAUAUGACGAUGAGUCGUUUUUGUGAAUAAAGCCCACAGUCACAGUUA